AUGUUUUCUAAUCUCAUCACUAUUUCCUGCUACGCUUUCCAGAAAAGUGCUGAGGAUUUCUUCGAAGAGACCGUUGAGUCUGUGCAGGACGAGGAACCCUGCAAGGAGCUACUCAAAUUGUUGAGUGUAAUUAACGCAUGUUGCUCGAGAUUUCAACAUUUCGCGAACAUUAUUCGUGAAGUCGGGCGAAUUGAUUACUGUCAACUCACGCUUUCGAUAUGGGAUCGAAUGCUCAACGAGUACCUAACAUCGGAAUUGAUGAGUGAACGUAAGACAGAUCUACGAUCACAGAUGAAAAUCUCCGCCGAUCAGGAUCCACCGAACGAUGACGAUCUAAUCGAUUUGGUACGCAUUCACAUGGCAUUCGUCGAAUUACGGAAUUAUCGGCUAGCCAAUAGAGUACGGGGAAAAGAUGAGUCAGAAUGGUACAGCAUUUUCAAUCGAGGUAUUAAGAACUUCCUGGAACUCGCAAAAGAAAAAGCACUUGCUCGAAUUUCUCUUAGCUGUCAGUUGGAUGUACCAAUUCCAAGCUUGGAUAGCCAACCCGACAGACUCCCUCCUGAUCAGGGACCACAAAGAGAAGACGAGUGGGUUAAGAUCUGGCGAGCAAGAUGGACAUUCCAUGUGUUUAAUGAAGCCGGGCAGUUCGCCAUGGCACCACUCUUGGAUGGGUUUGGCUCUGUGGGGUCUGUGCGCACGCCUAUGUCAAUUUCCACGCCGGUACCGACGAAACCGCGACCUCCUAUCGAGAUAGCCCGUUCGAUGCUCCAGAGGCUCAAGAACGCUACCGCUCCUCUGAUGAGAAUUGACUCUCACCAUAAAGAGCUUCUCUACGGAGAAAACUGUGGAGGGAUGCGUGCAUACGAGUCAGCAACCUUCUGCAUUUUUUAUCCUAAGUUGUCGUUCCCCCAGAUGAUGGUGUAUUGGGAUCGUAUUGAUGUCAAUGAAAUCACGCUUAGGAUCGACUAUACAAAAACACUUGUUGAUUUUCUCUGCAACUCCGUACUGACUUACACCAAAAAGAUCUUCGCAAAUCUUAACGAUGAAGGGUUCUCUGCCGAUCUGCAAAUGUUCGUGCCAACUCCAUUAUUGCAGCUGUUUUGUUCGGCCAUUAACAACAGUGAGCAAGUAAGACGAAGUUUGAUGAUACACGAGAAACUUCACCUGGACGAUUUGGCCAUCGCGUACGAAAAAGCUGGACAUGGAGAUUCCAUUAGCGACAACAUCGAUGAAGAAUACGACCGGCUUGUCAAGCAUCUUCACGACAGUGCCAGGAAAGCAGAGAGGCUCCAUGAUGCCAAGAGACGUCUCUCUUUGAAGGCUCUCGAGCUGAUACGCCAGCGUGGAUCGCCAAUAACCAGCUAA